UCAUAGAGGGGAUGAUAGCUUCUUCCUCAUUUUUCUUCGGUGUCGUGUCUCUGGCAGUUCUGUUACCAUUUCUCUUACUCUCUGCUUCGGCCACAAGUUACAUUGACGCCAUAUGCAGUAAUAGCCCGGGGGACAAAGCCUUCUGCGCCAAAACCUUGAGUGCAUACCCUCCAGCGGCCUCUGCCACCAGCACGUUACAAGCAGCUGUGGCCACGCUUCGCCUAGGAAUGUCUUAUGCCAAUAAGUCUGCGGAUAUUGCGGGAACAGCAGAAAAGGAGAAUCCGAAGUUGAAGGGGAGUCAAGAUGCCUUUUUGGGAAUCAUCGGUAAUCUCAAGAGCUCUACCUCAGAACUCACGGAAGAUCCACAGACUGCCAACUAUGACGCCAUGGUUUGUUACGACAACACAAAGAUUCUGGAGGAUUUGGUCGGGAAAAAUAAAGACAAGGCUUCGACGACUAUCUUUACGAUGACAGUGAUGAUGAACAAACUUAUUGACCUCACCGUGGGAGCCACCAUAGCUAUUGGCGGGUAGAGACAACGAUGAGAA